GCCUGCGCAAAGGGCUACGCAAGCGCAGAGGAUCGAGACCGCUGACAGAUUCUCGGUGGUGGCGGCUGCAGCAGCGGACCUGGACUGCGGGGAAUGGGAGUACUAGCUCUCUGACUGAACACCGCCCCCGCCUCCUUAGCCCCCCGACAUGGCUCAGGAAAAGAUGGAGCUAGACCUGGAGCUGCCUCCGGGCACGGGCGGGAGCCCAGCGGAGGGUGGCGGCAGUGGCGGCGUUGGGGGCCUCAGGAGGUCUAACAGCGCCCCCCUUAUCCACGGCCUCAGUGACACUUCCCCGGUGUUCCAGGCCGAGGCGCCGAGCGCCAGGCGGAACAGCACAACGUUCCCGAACCGCCAUGGCCUGCUGCUACCGGCCUCCCCAGUCCGCAUGCACAGCAGCCGCUUGCACCAGAUCAAACAGGAGGAGGGCAUGGACUUGAUCAACCGAGAGACGGUCCACGAGCGUGAGGUACAGAACGCAAUGCAGAUAAGCCACUCCUGGGAGGAAAGUUUCAGCCUGAGUGACAACGAUGUGGAGAAAUCGUCCUCCCCGAAGCGCAUCGAUUUCAUUCCGGUGUCACCAGCACCAUCGCCUACCCGGGGAAUUGGGAAGCAGUGUUUUUCACCAUCCUUGCAAAGUUUUGUGAGUAGCAAUGGAUUGCCUCCAAGUCCUAUUCCCAGCCCAACAACCCGAUUUACUACGCGAAGAAGCCAGAGUCCCAUUAAUUGCAUUAGACCAAGUGUUCUUGGACCAUUGAAAAGAAAAUGUGAAAUGGAAACUGAGUAUCAGCCAAAGAGAUUUUUCCAGGGCAUCACCAACAUGCUUUCUUCUGACGUUGCACAGCUGUCAGAUCCUGGUGUCUGUGUAUCUUCCGAUACCCUUGAUGGAAACAGCAGCAGUGCUGGAUCUUCUUGUAACUCACCAGCGAAAGUCAGCACUACCACCGACUCUCCGGUGUCACCUGCCCAAGCGGCCUCUCCUUUUAUUCCAGUAGAUGAACUUUCAUCUAAGUGACUCACUCACCCAUCCCAGAGACUCGGUUGUUUUUUGUUUGUUUUAUUUUGUUUUGCAAUGGAGAGAAAAAUCAAGUUAGAGCAAGCACUGAACUUUGUCAAUUAAUUUGAGGCUAUUUCCUAUUUGACCCUUUUCCUUUUUUGGAAUUUACUGAACUGUUGAUAUUCUAGAGAACUUUUAUGUCAGGUUCCUGCAAAUACCCUUGAAUUCAGUGUAGUAAUAUUUUGAGAGGUUUUCCAAAUAAGUGUGUUGAAGCAUACAUCUUUAUGCUGCUAAUAUGUCUAAAUACAUAUGUUAUCCCUUGAUUUUUUAAAAAAUAAUUGAGAGCUCUAUUUAUUUAUGGGAUUAUUAAGUUCUGAUGCAAAUAUAAAUGUUGAAUUAAUCAGUGUAGUAAACUGAUAUUUUAAAAUUCCAUACUUCAUGCCCACACUAAUUUUAAUGUUAUUUUUAGUGAUUGCGAAUUUCUAUUUGAUGAACAAUAACGUACUUAUGCUAUUUUUAAAAUAUGUUACAUCAAUCCAGUGGUUGUCUGUUUUAUCCAGGAAUUCUUGGAUAUUUAAUUUUCUGGGUACAGAAAGUGGGUGGGAGGGGGAAUGAUAAAGAACAAGAUAUAAACGUUUGCAACAAAUCUUUUGAAAUUAAAUAUAGAAGUAAACAUUUAAGAAAAACAUUUUUAAAUGAAAUUUAAUAGCAAUUUUAAGUUGUAGAAAUAUAACCACAGAAAAUGAUUUUUCUUUUUACUAGGAAGUGCAUUCUUUUGGGUAUAAUCCUAAAGUGAAAUGGGAUAGUAUCUUGCAGUCAUAAUUCACUGCACGUAGACUGAGGCCAUGUCCUUUGUAUCACUGCAAACUUAAAAAGUUUUUCAAAUGUAGAAAAUGUAUGGGAAGCCCUGCUGAACUUCAGUCAUUAUUAAUGUGCUUUAAAAUAUCCAUCAUGCCUCAGUGAAAAUUGUUGCCAACGAGAAGCCAGAGCAACUUUUGGCUGCUUUUUUUCUGCCCAUCUGUCACCUUCCUGGUUUUCCCUGGCUCAGGAAGGAAGCAGCUGUUUCCUUGCCAACAGGUCCUUCCUCUCCACCUCCCACCAAAUGAGGGCAUCAAGGCAUCAGCAUCAUCAGUUAGACAAGGGUACAGUGUGACUUCGAUUUCUGACAUUGAGCAACGGCAGGGCCGUGGAAUUGUUUCAGGAACCUCUGUGGUGAAAGCUACAACUGGAGUUGAGUGCCUUGGGGAUGUCAGUUAAUUAAGGGUCAGUGACUUGCAAGAGAAAAUUAAUGGAGAGUCGCAUAGGUAAAUCAUUAUUUGACUUAGGUUUUGUUAAAGGUAGAAUUGUGAAGUGUACUUUGCCUUUUACAGUUAAGACAAAAUA